AUGCAUUUCUUUAAAGCAUCCCUUACAUCGGCCGCUGCAUUCUUUGCAUAUACCCAGGCUACAUAUCUGAAUAACGAUUUGAGCUUUGGUCACGAUGGAAAGAUUUCACCGAAUGGUCGCGCCAUUCCCAAUUUUCAUUUGAUAGGGCAACCAAACUAUCCAGAUAUCCUCAGUAAUCGAAUCGUUCUUACACCACCUGCAUUGGGAAAUCAAAGAGGAGCUGUAUGGACGGAAAAGAAAUUACAACAUUCGCAAUGGGCUGCAGAUAUCGAAUUCCGUGCCACUGGUCCGGAGAGAGGUGGUGGUAAUCUGAAUAUCUGGUAUGCUAAGAAUGAGGAUAUCAAGGUAUCAAGCAUAUACACGGUUGGAAAGUUCGAUGGAUUAGCUUUGGUUGUUGAUCAGUAUGCUGGAUCUGCUGGUUUUAUUCGUGGAUUCCUUAACGAUGGCACAACUGAAUAUUCUUCUCACCAUUCAGUCGACUCUCUCGCAUUUGGUCAUUGCCCCUAUUCCUACCGAAAUCGAGGCAUUCCAUCCAAAAUUCACAUUCGUCAAACUGCCGAUAAUUUCAAAGUCGAGGUUGAUGGUACCUUAUGUUUUCAAUCUGAUAAGAUCAAGCUACCAUUAGGUUAUGUCUUUGGAGUAACUGCCGCCUCUGCAGAAAAUCCAGAUUCAUUUGAAAUCUUUAAAUUUGUCGUCACCACCGAUUCCCAUACUCCUGAUGAUCAAGUUCAAAAUCCCGCGAACGAAAAUCAACAACAAUUUCAAGCUGCCAAUAAUCCUCCUCAACAGCAGAACCAACAAAAUCAACAAAAUCAACAAUCCCAACAGCAAAAUCAAGCAGGAGCAACCCUAGAUAUUCCUGGUGAAACCCCUGCUUCCGACUACAAAUCCUCCGAUGCCCAAUUCGCAGAUCUUCACAACCGUCUUCAAGCAAUGAUGAAACACAUUACAGCUUUAAAUCGCGACUUUUCUCAAUAUCAAGCCAAUUCGAUUUCUCGUCUUGAAUCUCUCAAUGGAAAUAUUGCUUCCCUCACAAACACCAUCUCCCGUCUAGAAUCCUCCUUAUCAAAAUUAGAUUCCGUUUCAGCCUUGGAAAGAAAUUUGAGAGAUGUAGCAAAUGAUGUUAAGAGUACCAAAAAGGAAUUACACGAGGCCUUGGAUAGACAUGUAUUAAGUUUGAAGCAAAGAGUGGCAGAAACUCAUGGAAGUGUAUUAGGUACGGUAGGAGAGGGAUUUAAAGCUCAUCAAUCGAGUAUUGGAUAUGCGGGUUUAGCAUUCAUCGUUGUGGGAAGUCAGAUUGGUUUGAUUCUUGCUUAUGUCUUGUAUAAGAAGAGGAAGAAUGGGGGUCAGAAGAAAUAUUUGUGA